GGCUUGCAGUGGCCCCCUGUUGUUCUCAGGAGGGGGAUAGGGUCUUUAGGAUUUGGUGAGCUUAACACUCUGGUAGUGAACCUACAGUUCUCUGGUAAUGUGCCUCGGGUGUGGGAACAUCCUGGUUUCCCAGGUUGAGAUUGGUCUCCACAUGUCUUUCCUCCUAGGCCUGCCCAAAUAGAGCCUCCCUGUUCUGGAACACCCUUCCACAUAUUAGGUCCCCCAUUACUGUGGUACCACAGGUUGUAUGGGAAUUUGGUCCUGACAUCCCUCAUCUGUACUCUGGAGCUAGAUGUCUUAGAUCCUAAGAGACCUGCUGGUGGGUCAGUGGGAAAAGUCCUGGGCUCUUGGACAUCUGGCCUGAGCAGCACUAUUUGAGGAAGGGUAGGGGAAUGAUUCCUACUUCCCUGCCGAAGCCUCAGCUUUGGGAAAACAGCACCCAGAAGUUUGGUUUCCGGCCUGGUGCUGCCUGGGCAUCAGGCAGAGGCUCCAGACACCUGCCCCCAGUCCACACUGCCUACCUCUCAAUUAUAAGCAAGGGCUAGAUGGUACAGAAUACCUACCAGUGGGCCCUGGACCAAGGCUGUGAUUGGCCUGAGCCGGACAAUGCCACUGUGAUGUCGGCCCACUCCUGCUGUGAAAUGGAGGCUCCUGAUCCCUGGGGGUUAGUGGAGCUGCCGUCCAGACACAGAUCAUGAGUGGCGGAUAUGAUCUCAACCUCUUCGCCAGCCCUCCCGACUGCAGCUUCCUGUGCUCCGUAUGCCACGGGGUUCUCAAGAGGCCAGUGAGGCUGCCAUGCAGCCACAUCUUCUGCAAGAAAUGCAUCCUCCGGUGGCUAGCCAGACAAAAGACCUGUCCGUGCUGCAGGAAAGAAGUGAAACGGAAAAAGAUGGUCCAUGUAAAUAAACUUCGGAGGACCAUUGGCCGCUUGGAAGUCAAGUGCAAGAACGCAGAAGCUGGCUGCUUAGUGACAUGCCCCCUGGCCCAUCGCAGGGGGCACCAGGACUCCUGCCCUUUUGAGCUGAUGGCUUGUCCCAACGAGGGCUGCCCGGCACGGGUGCUGCGUGGGGCCCUGGCUGAGCACCGGCAGCACUGCCAGCAUGGGGCCCAGCAGCACUGCCCACUGGGCUGUGGGGCCACCCUGGGCCCGGUGGAGCGUGCCCACCACAACUGCUACCAGGAGCUGCGUGAGGCCUGGAGCCAGCGGCAGGAGCGCAGCCGGAGCCUGGUGCUGGGCCUCCUGCGGCGCGUGCGCAAGGUGCACCACGCCACCAACUUCAUCCGCAGGCAGCUGGCCCAGCUCCGGGACUUCCUGCGGGAGGACGACGCGCUGAUCGUGGGCACCCCGCAAGAGGAGACUGAGGCCACCCCAGAAGGCAGCACUGGGGCCGAGGUUGGGGAGCCCCGGGCCUAGGUACCUUGUAAUUAG